AUGCAAUUAGGACUCUCUGAGAACUUGUCCAGCCUGGUGACGCGGCGCUGGCAGGCUGCCCGGGAUGGGGGACACCUUGUGUUCUCGUCCACGCAGCUGUCCAUCAUCACGACCGCAGGAAUCCCGUACCAGCUCCGAUAUUGUCCAGCCCUGGCGAUGAAGCCUCAGGACUCCACGAAGAAGAACCACAAUGACGGCAGCAACAAUGACAACAACACAUCAGCCGAGCCCAAAGCGAAAAAAGUCGAUCCUUUCGAGAACCCGUCGCCUGAUCUCUUACUCGCCAGGUUUCCGCCGCAAGAUCCGACUCAUGCUCUCAUCCUCAACAAGUUCCCCGUGAUUCCACAUCACUUCAUCUUGUCGACCAAGGCUUGGAAGGCCCAAACGGAUAUUUUGGAGAUUGCCGACCUCGCCGCAACUUAUGAAUGUCUGCGUGCAUGGGGAGAGACACCAACGACGACAUCCCAUUCGGAUUCAAAGUCGAAAUUCAACUCCAACCCGGACUCAUCGACCAGAACCACCAACCGCCUCUUCGCAUUUUUCAAUUCAGGCCAAGACAGCGGCGCCAGUCAACCACAUCGACACCUCCAAUUCCUCCCCGUAGAAGCAAUGCAUCAAUCCGGCACCGAAUCCUGGAAACCCCUCAUCGACCUGGUCACCUCACAACCGCAUCCCCCAUCAUCCUUCCAAUCUCAUUCCAGCCUACCAUUCGCCCACUUUGCCCUUCCACUCCCACCCAAUCCGACCCCCGACACUUUACGCGCCAUCUACAUCUCUCUUUACCGCGCCGCCGUGGGGGCCGUUCAGGGAACAGAUCCACGCGAUGGGUUACCCUCCCUCCCUACUCAGGGACCCUCCGCCAUCAGUUACAAUCUCGCCAUGACGAUGGAAACAAUGAUGAUCGCGCCCCGUCGCGCCGAAACAGCUCGUGUCCCGGUAGAUCUGGCCGCCGCCGGAGACAUUGCGGAUCCGGGUCUCGUGUCACUGAAUGGAACUAUCUUGGCGGGUACAUUGAUGGUCAAGGCGGAAAGUGAGUGGGAUGUGUUGCGGGCACAGCCGGAGAUUCUUGCUCGAGUGCUGCGUGACGUGGGGGUGCCAGGACCGGGGCCAGAGCAUGCUCUGUUGUAG